AGUAUUACUAACGCGAUCUGUUGGUAAAAACUAUAUUCCGGUGGUAAAACCAAGUUUCAAUGGAUAUGGUAGAAUGUGACGCGAAAAUGAUAAUGUAGAUCGUGCGAUAAAGACAACAAUGGCACGAGUGCUCUAUCCUACACGUAUUUCGUUUGUGGUAUUACUGUAAAUACGUGCAACUAACUGAGCUUAUCAAUAAUUAAUUAAUUCUUUAAUAUUGUUGGAUUAAAAAGUAUUCAAAACGUAUAUCGUUGCCAUAAAUGUUGAAACAUUUUACUAUACUGAAAAGACACUGUAAAAUCAUUGUCCAUAACAUUAAGCAGAAACAUAGCAGUACUUUGUUUGCAAUGAGUGCCUUAAAGCCCGAUGGUAUUGGGGUUCCUUUAACCCAGGUUGUAGAAACACUGCAUAAAUUUGCUGAUCCAGCCCUUGCAUCUUCUUGGGAUAAUGUAGGGUUGCUUAUUGAACCCACAGAAACAAAGUUGGUCUCCCAUAUUUUAUUAACAAAUGAUUUAACUGAAAGUGUCAUGCAGGAAGCUUUAGGUUUGAAGACAGAUAUGAUUAUUACUUACCAUCCUCUAAUAUUUGCUCCCUUAAAGACUAUAAGAGCUUGUAAUUGGAAGGAGAAAAUUAUUGCUAAAUGUUUGGAGAAUAGAAUAGCUGUAUAUUCACCGCACACCAGUUUCGAUUCCGUAAAAGGUGGCGUAAAUGAUUGGCUAGCUUCAGCAUUUCAAAAUGUACUUGAGAGCAGUACGCCGAUAGAAGCGAAUGAAAGCAAUGCAGAUUAUGGUUAUGGUAGAAUAUGUACGCUAAAAAGUAAAAUCUCAAUUGAAGAUGCCGUUCAACGUGUAAAGGAUCUUACGGGUUUGAAACAUGUUAGAUUAGCUCGUGCUUGCCGAACAGACGGUUUGAUCAGCACUAUUGCACUUUGUGCUGGAUCUGGGGCGUCUAUUUUAAAAAACGUGUCUGCUGAUCUAUAUCUUACUGGAGAGAUGUUACAUCAUGAUGUUCUUGAUGCUGUACACAAAGGAAUCAGUGUGAUAUUAACAAAUCAUUCCGAUUCGGAACGCGGUUUUCUCAAAGCAUUUGCAUUUACUUUAGAAGAUAUGUUAAACAAAUCAGUAAACGUGAGUGUAUCUAAACAUGACGCGGAUCCUUUGAAAACGGUUUAAUUGCAUUAAAGAAUUACUCAAUAAAAGAAGGCACAGAUAUGCUUAUCUAAACUUGGGAUAAACAUCUAUACGUGUAAAAAAUUUAAUUGUUAAUGUCAAAAAUUAUUUUUUUCUUUGAGGAUAGACAGUUUUUAUUUCAACUUGAUGAAGUUAUCAAUUGGAGUGAUAUUAAGGAAAUAAUCGGUACAUAAAAGAAUCAUAUUAUAUUGUAGUAUAACACAAAUAAUUUACAGCUACAACAGAAACUGUAUUUCAGUUUGUGUAUAACGCGCUUAAACUACUUUUGCAAUUAAUCUUUAAACAUAUGUAACCAUUAUAGAAUUAAUUUCCCUUAAUUCGAUUAUUGAAAUAUUUCUCAUUUGCUUUACCAUUCGUCCUUUUAUUUUUUUUGUCACUUCUUAUAUGCUCACAUUCACACAAUAAUCACGCAUGACGAUUAUGAAGAGAAACCUGUCUUUUUCUUGUUAUAACAACGUACGUAAUAGACGCGUAUCAGUUGAAAACUUAUCUAAAUAAAAUACAACAGUCGUUAAUUCUGGUCCAAUUAUAGAAUUAAUUUUCCGAGCUAGGUCCACUCAUUCAACAUUCUUCGUUUCUCAGUAUGUUUCUAUCUUUUAAAUUUGGGUUUCACUUAAAAAUAGAUGAAAAUUAGUGCGCAGCAGACUUAUAUAAGGACCUGUUACAGGUCAACGCAGAUAAAUGUUACAAUUUUUAACAAUAACUGAUCUGCUAUAACGGAAACCACUUCAAGGGUCCCUUUCGAAUUCGAUAAGUUGCUAGGUUACAGCUCCCGAGGAAGUUAAAUAUAUUUGAAAUUGUUGAUCGAUUCGCAAAAGCUUAUUAAAAUUUGUGGGGACACUUAGGGUAGUUUCCUUGCAAGUAUGCUGCAUUUUACGUGUAUAUCCAUGACGAAAUAAAUGCUUAAUAAUGAACA